UUGGGAACGCGAUACACUACGAGAUUAUUAAUCCACCUUAAGUAGUCGACGUUGUCGCGUCUCCUAGUUAUGACUUGGAAGAUUUUCUUAGAACAACGAAGAAAUUGGCGUACCUGGUGAUGCGUCAAGUUUUUAGGUUAUAACUGCGCUGUCAUUACGGAAUUUACUUUUACAGCAUCAUUCACUGCUGUACUCUGUCUUGCUAGAUAUCAACCUGUGGCAAUUUACAGCAACGAUCCUACUUCUUGACGUCUCUCCCGUGAACAGAUGAUAACUGUGGGAUUCUUGGGACCUUCUACGGAUUAAAAAUAUUAUCGUUAUAUACGUACGUGAAGUCAGCCAACCGCCGUGGGAUAGCUUGAUGAAUUAUUCGCUGUUGGUAAUACUGCGUUAUUCAAACGCCGUACGUACUUUUAUAUUUUAUGCAUAUACAUAGGUAAUCAGGUAAUAUAAAUAUAGCUAUAAACUAUUGACCUUCAGUAAUUAAUUUUAUUAUAAUGCAUAUCUGUAGUUCACUUAUAUAAUUAUUUUAUGUUUUCUAAAUUAUCUUUGAACGAGGCAUGACUCGAUGAAAAAAAUGUUAAUAUUGUUAUCCAUAUUAUAUCCAUUGGAAACUUUCUUUUGGGUGGUAUAGAACGGCGGGCGUGACAUUGUUAAUUGGAGAGAAAGACUUUUGGAUGGCAUCAAGUUUUCUCUUGAGAGAAUUUCGAAUGGGCGUAUUCGGUAGAUCGAGUUGAGGCACCUUGUAAUGUAAUUCGUUUAGUUGUCCAGUAGUAACAUUGUGGGCGGACUAGUUUACGCUCCCAGUUUUUGAUCCAUUGUUCGAUUCUUUGUGGGUUACCAUUGAAAUUUUAUUUUUAUUCAUUUAUUUCUGUCGGAUCGUUACUCGUUGCUUAAUUUCAUAAAGAGUCUUCGAUGGGUACGAGUCUAUUGUCACGGACGUUAUUAGAGCGAAAAUUGUUGUUAUUAUUAUUGAGUCGAUUAUGCUAAUCUAAUCCAAUCUAAAAAAAAACAGUUUUGCUCCUACAAGAUUACCUUUAAAUUUUUGAAUGCUGAACGCGUUGAUCUGCUGUUCUGAAUUGCUUAGUUGAUAAUGUGCUCCGUCAUGUAUAAUGAAAUGUUUAUCAUUUAAAAUGAAGUCCAAUGACCUAAUUACAAUUUUUGAAAUUUACAUUUGGAUAUUCGAGUGAUUUUUUUCUUCGUAAUAAAUAAUUUAUUCUUUUCGAGGAUCACUCUGGUAUUGUUUAAGUCUUAUGGACUUGUCGAUUGAUCUAAGUAAACUUGGAAUAAUGUUCUUUUCAAUUCUAUCUGCGAUUUGUCAAUUCAUGCCAACCUUGACACGCAUAAUAAUGGAUGAUCGUUAUAGUGUGAUGGCAAAUGGAUACUUUACUAUUUGCCCUUUUCUGAGGUCAUGGCUUUGCCAUUUUUUUUCAUAUCUGUCUAUUUAUGUACGUUUGAUAUACGUGUAUCUAGUAAGGGAUAUGUCGACGUGCAUUAUGAUCAGCACCAUUCUGAAUUGUGUCAUCGAAUAUUCUAUAGAGGUAACAGCAUACGCGACCUUAUACGAAUUUUAUAUUUUGACGAUCGUUCUUGAAUUGAUUGUAUUGCAUUAUGGUCAAGGUCUGAUCUUUUUCGUUUUUUUUUUUAAUCCAUUGAACCAUUAAAAACCACGAGGUUUAUUAGAGUGUAUAUAAGUUGCAAUGAGUAAUUUAUGAGCUUAUAAUUAUUAUUAUCUAUUGGGCGGUCAGUUAAUAAUCAUUAUUGAUAAUAACCACCUGUAGUAGCAUAUUGUACUUUAAUACGAUUUAUAGCCGGCUGUGUAUUAAUUGAUUUGUUGGAAAUGUUCUCGGACGGGAUCGAUGUUUUAUCAUUUUGGUCGCUUGAAACACGAUUAUUCUGAUUUAUAUGUAUUUAUGACAAACUAGUGGGGGUUGUUUUACUUGUUGGCUUUUAAAAUGCGAUUGACUUUAUAACACUGAAUCGAAAAGGACGCAGAGAGACGCAGCUUACAUGAAACUGUAUUAUCGACAAAAUAUCUUUUUAAUGUAUCAGCGCCAGCUGUUGAUUCCAAGUGAAGCAGAAAGUUCUAGUCACGUUUUCGGAGUAAAAGCGUUGUUCCUAACCUUAACCUAAACUUAAUCUUUUGCGCGGGAAUUUUUAAUAAAAAGUCGAAGUAUGGCGAAUCCAAGCCUGUUGGAUAUGACAGAAGAAGAUGCGGCAGAUCUUCAAUUUCCAAAAGACUGUCCAUCGAGUCGAGCUGUAGAAACCGAAAAUGAUAUAGAGCUCGAGGUGUCAGUCCUGAAGGAGGAAAUCCUUACUUCAGAUCCAACCUGUCGUAUAUGCAAAACAAUCCUCUCAGAACCUUACAUUCGAUGUGCUGAGUGUUCCAAUGUUGAAAUUUGUCCUCCGUGUUUCUCCAGCGGUUCUGAAGUUGAUGAACAUAGAAACAAUCAUAAUUAUAUAAUUAUAAAAAAUGAAUUUCCUCUAAUUGAAAACUCGGGCUGGACUGCGCGACAAGAGUUAGAACUAUUGGAUGUCUUGCAGGAGUGUGGUUUUGGUAACUGGGUGGAUAUAUCCAGAAGAAUACAAGGGAAGUCCCCAGAAGAAUGCAAAUUACACUAUUUACAACAUUAUAUAGAUAAUCAAACUUUACCUGGUUUACCAAAUAUUAAGGAGACUGAAGCAAGUUUAUUCAGUUCUGAGCCAAUACCAUAUCUAUACAAAUUACAUGAUCUCGAAGAACCACCCAGAUUUGCAACAAAUACAGUAAACUGCCGAUUAUUGGCAGGAUACAAUGCAGCUAGGUCUGAUUUUGAAGUAAAUUUUGAUAACCACGCAGAGUCAUUAAUUUCUGAUUUGAGAUUCGAUGAGUUUAGUGGAGAUGACAGUGACAAUUAUUUAGGAAAAAGUUUACAAGUAGCAAUAGUGGAAGCCUACAAUCAUAGGCUAAGAGAAAGAAAGAGAAGACAACAAGUAAUAAGGGAUCAUGGAUUAAUAGCUUUCAGAAGAACAAUGUCUUGGUUACAUAGAUACGAUAGCACCAUUACAAGACCUACCGCUGAAAGAUUAUUAAUUUUCAUGCAGCUGGUAAAAGGUAUGGAGUUUGAUUACAUCAUGGAGGGACUUCAUCAUGCUGGCGAAUUAAAGAAUUAUAUUCACAGGCUUCUCGAAUUUCGUAAAAAUGGUUUAAAGUAUUUUCAUAGUGUACCAACUUUUCAAAAGUUGACCAAACUUCGACAGGAGAAUGAAAAAGAUAGAAGGCAAUAUUUAACGAAUGCUGAGUACAACUGGAAGAGUAUACUACCUGGUUGUAUUUCGAAAACAAAUGCUCCAUUAACGAGUACAGCUUCACAACGAAAAGCUCCACCACCUCUUGUGAUCAAGGGUUUACCUGGAUAUGAAAAACUUACUGCGGCUGAAAAGGAGCUAUGUUCUACAGCACGAGUUGUACCCACUAGUUACUCCGACUUCAAACAUCUCCUUAUAACUGAGAAUAAAAAAUGUGGUUCACUGCGACUGGCUCAGGCCAGAGUGCUUUUAAAAAUCGACGUAAAUAAAACUAGAAAGAUAUACGACUUUUUAGCAGAACAAGGUUACAUUAAUAAACCAGUUCAAUGAUGAAACUUUUAACCUUAAUAUUUAAAAAAUUAGCUUCAAAUUGUUAUACACUCUUGCAACACCUGAGGGACUGUUCAGUAUUUAAGUAUGUGAUAUUAGAUUUUAAGAUAAUUAAGAUAGAGUUAUUAAAUAAGCAAUGGUCAUUCAGUUUUCAUGGAUAAACGUCGCUCGUACCCAAAUUUUUUUAAUUUAUUACAUUCGUUUGGUACCGUAUUUUGUAGAUAAAAAAAUAAAAAUUAAUGA